CGUGUUACCCUUGUUACCCUUGUUAACCUUGGUACCCCUUGUUACCCUUGUUACUCCAUGUUAGCCCUUGUUACCCUUGUUAUCCUUGUUACCCUUUUUACCCCGUGUUACCCUUGUUACCCUUUUUGCCCCUUGUUACCCCUUGUUAUCCUUGUUACCCUUGUUACCGCAUGUUACCCCUUGUUACCGCUUGUUACCCUUGUUAAAGGGGCUAUGUCACACAACACGCAUGCGCAUGCCAAUGAAAACGAACUUGAAAAAGACGGCCCAACUUUUUCAAGUUGUGUCGGAGAUUUUGGAAGGCUGUUUUUAUCUGUCUAAAUCUCAGCCAUCGCUCGAUAGUUAGCGAAGUUUUGUAUUAAGAAUCGUUCUAUGGUGAUUACAGAACAAUUUUUUGGCGUUAUUUUAAAAUUGUUUGCCUGUGGAAUGUUUUUUACGUGGAUUUACUGUGUCCUCUUAUCAGCGGCCGUUGUAAUGGCAGAGUUAAUGACGGCUACUCCACAAUGAGUGAUGGAAUCUUUGAUGGAAUCUUCCUAUAGUUCACAGGACCUUUCUAUUGAGUUAUUUUAGAGGCUGCUGGCUCUUGGAUUUUCUUGUACUCAAAGUAUGUGGACAUAUAAUGAAGCGGCUAUCGAGUUGGCGGCGGCCGUUUUUUGUAAACGAUUACAAGAGCAUCAGGCCAUGAGUUUCGUGACGAAACUAAACUCCUGGCGAAGGAAACAUUCUAAAAUUCGGCUAGAUUCCUUCUUGUAUUUAUCUCGAUUCACGGCAAAGAUAAACACGACCGUUUGCUCGUCCAGAUUGUUCUCAACGGACUUAGAGAGGCACCUUAGUACGAGUUAGAUCCUGUAAAUGCCAUGUUUUUGAACUGUUUGUGUUCGAGCAUAAUUUUGGAAAAUAGCAGAGUUUACUUUCCCUUUAUCAACGGACUGCUUAUAGUGGAGUAGUAUACCAAUGAUGCUGGGUUCUGUUUUUCUCGACGUCGCAGUGAUUCGGCACGAUCGAACAAUUUUGCGCGAUAAUGUAUGUUUCCCUAAGAUCAAAACAAAGACUUGGUCUCUUGUUCUAUCAGCAUCUAAAUUAUAAAAUCAAUAGCGACAAACAAGUCUAAUUGUUAAUGAUUUGAAACAGUCUUGGUCUUUAUCUUCGGUCUAGCGUCUUUUGUAGCUCGUUUGUAAAAUACAACUUCCAUUUAUUUUGUUGAAUAAGACAAUAUGUUGUUGUUGAAUUUUUGUUUGCGCUCUAUUUUAUGAAUGGCAUGCGUUUUUACUUCAAAACUACAAGUAAAAUUGUCGUCACAAUUUUAUUCUUGAUCUAGCAUAACCGGAGAAGAAACGUUCCAUAAAUUGUAUCGAAAUAUCCCUUAUCUAAACCCAUUUCGCUUGUUAACCUCUCUAAAUUCGGAACCUUGGACUAGACGUGACAGAGAACAUGAAGAAAGUCACGCGUUAAAAACAAUAGAAUUUUGACAGUUGAAAGUAAUUUGCAUAACCUCAGAGCGCACAUGGAGAAAGUCACGCGUUAAAAACAAUAGAAUUUUGACAGUUGAAAGUAAUUUGCAUAACCUCAGAGCGCAUGCUCUACAGCUGACAUAGCCCCUUUAACCUUGUUACCCCGUGUUACCCUUUGUUACCCCUUGUUACCCUUGUUACCCCUUGUUAGCCUUGUUACCCCUUGUUACCCUUGUUACCCCUUUUUACCCCUUGUUACCCUUUUUACCUCUUGUUACUCCUUGUUACCCUUUGUUACCCCUUGUUACCCUUUUUACCUUUGUUACCCCUUGUUAUUCCUUGUUAACCCUUUUUACUUCUUUUUUGCCCUGGUUCCUAAGGAGUUUUGAUAUGGAAUAGAAGGGUAUUUUUUGCAUCUUAUAUAGUUUGAUUUGAGAGAUUUUGUAGCACAAUGUCGGAAAAUGUUGAGGGUUUUGCUAUCGGAUAUCUAAACCUCUUUUAUGUUGGUGAUAUCCUUUGUUUUCCAGAUUUCUUCGAUUUGGAUUAUCGGUGAAUUUAAGGAUUGGUAGAUCUUUAACUCCUUUAUGUCUGAUAGGUGACGUUGAGUGGGCGGCCUUGUCUGAGCAAGAACGUCAGAGGCGACUUGUCAAGCUUAAGUUGGAAGAAAGACGUUUGCGGAAGGAAGGACAGAUGGAUGAGUUGCAAAGAUUACUUGGAGAAGGUUUUGAAAUGGACGCCAACCUGAGGAAAUUGAUGGGCGAAAAUAAGGCCAGGUAUGUGUGAGAGUUUAAUGUUGACACAGUAUUGUUUCAAUGUUAAAUCAUUGUAUCCAAUGUUGGUGUAGUAUUGAAGCAGUGUUGGAUCUGCUUCAUCUUUUGUGUUACUUUUCUGCUGCUCAGAUAGCGUUUGCGAAGUGCUGUUUCAUCAUGCAAUGCUUUUGCAGUAUUGUAUCCACGUUGGAUUCCUUUUCCUACAGUGUUUUAUUAUACAAAACGAACGAAGCACCUGCCUUUCUCCUAGGAUAAAACGGAUCUGUUAGGAUUGUAGGUUAUGCUUUUCGAUUUGAUGUUCUAAUAGUCAAACCAUAAUAUUAUGGUGGAAAAAUUGUGCACUCUAGGGUAAAAGCACCAAAUUUGGCAUGGUAAUAGUACUUGGGCUGCUGAACAAUAUUAGCUAUGGACCCCAGUCAGGGGAGACAUUUUGUACUCAGGGGAUGACGUAGUUGCAGUUUCCAAUUUAACUGCCCUUAUUGAAAAGAAAGCUGCUAUAUCAAUAGGGAAUGGUGUCCUUUAACAAAGUCUAUAUAAUCCAACUUUCUGGGUGGCGUGGGGGAAGGUUUCAACACAGAUUAGGGGGAGGGGUAGGAGUAUCUCUGUUUGCAUGUCUGUAUGAGUUUAUGUUGUGAGGAAGAAUACAAUGACCUUUCCUGAAUUCUGAGAUAAUUUUAAAUCAUUUAGCAAUAAUAUUAGUUUCUCCUGUGAACUUAUUCUUCAUCUCCAUGGUAGUGGAGAUGGUGGUGGUGGUGUCUAUUGGGGGGAAGGUGGGUUUUUCCCGCUGUAGUAAGCGCAUGUUUCUUAUAUUAUCAGUUCAAUCAACCUGCGGAAAUAAACUAGAUGACUUAAGGCACUUUUUUAGGAUAUUUAAUUACCUGAUCAUCGUUACAUCGUUCAUAAGAGGGUAGCAGGGGGUGGGGGGUGUCCCGGUCCCGUUUCACGCGUAAAUUUUGACAAAUUUUACGUAUCACAUGCGUUAUAAACCAUUUUUCAUGAUCCACGAAUUUAGUACCGCGCAUGAAAAGCCCCUCGCACCCAGGGUACCCGUUACUCAAAGGGAUAAAGAACCGAAAACCACAGUGAUCAUGGAUCACACUUCGCAGUUCAGUAAACGAUGGCAUCUUCUUUUCUUAUCAGCAAGUCGGCAAGGUGAUCUUAAAAGUCGUUAACGAGCACUCGAAACCAUCGUCUCAUUGACAAAUAGUUAUACAAUCUAUUGGUAGGAAACUACCGCUCUAUGCGACUAAGAGAUAAGUAAAACUCUUCCAGAGCGAGUGCAAAUUUAUCUUAACAGCAAAUUUCAACUCACAUUUCUGUCAAGAUCAGUAGAAGUUCCUCGGUCUUCUUCUGAGUUCCUUUCGUGUCAUUGUAUUCCAACUCAACUCUCUCUUCAACGCGUAAUUCUUUUGGGACAUGUUUAAGGGAAGUGUUCCUGCAGAAUCCUUUGUGGUGCAUUGCAUUGCUUUUCCAUGCCCAGUAGCCCAUUGUCGCAUUACGCUUUGGUCACGUUUCGCACCCAGGGUAUCAUCUUUGCUAGGCAACUCCCUUGGUGUGCUGAUAUAGUGGAGAAGUUCUCGAGGUUUCUUCCCUUUUGUGCAAAUAGGCGGAACUUUUUUGGCAUCAUUGACUCUUUGACUCCGGUUUGUGUGGUCAGACACUAGGAUAACAAAUCUCUCAAGCACCGGGGCAUAGUGUCUUGAACACCCUUCAGAGUUUCCUAAGGGAUGUAAAAAGUUCAGUGGCUUGUGGCCCAGGCGGUUUUCUCGUCCUAAGAAAGGGGAUGUCUGAUUGCAUUUUGUGAUUGCGUAAUAAAAGUACAACAUCCUAUAACACUUUUCAUCACUCGAGAGCCCUUAUGAUUGCUGUGCCAUGUAAAGAACCAGUUGCAGGAGGAAGAACUGGGGUUAUGGUGGAUUUGGUGAAAAAAUUGUGCACUCUAGGGUAAAAGCACCAAAUUUGGCAUGGUAAUAGUACUUGGGCUGCUGAACAAUAUUAGCUAUGGACCCCAGUCAGGGGAGACAUUUUGUAUUCAGGGGAUGGCGUAGUUGCAGUUUCCAAUUUAACUGCCCUUAUUGAAAAGAAAGCUGCUAUAUCAAUAGGGAAUGGUGUCCUUUAACAAAGUCUAUAUAAUCCAACUUUCUAGGUGGCGUGGGGGAAGGUUUCAACACAGAUUAGGGGGAGGGGUAGGAGCUAUAAAGAGCAGCUCGAUUCUGUAUGAUUUUGCUUGACUGUGUCUCAAUACUAGCUCCAUCGGUCCAGGAUGAUCUCAAUCAUACUUUUUAAAAACUGAGAGAUGUGAGGCUUGUUCACUAUCAGUGUUUCUUUCUGUGGCGUUCUUCUAAACAUUGCAUGGUAUUCACUUAAGGCAAGAAAGACUUAGAAAAUAUCUCUAUAUGGCGUUAAAUCCACACAUUGCUGUUAUCAAAUGUGUCAAAGAUUUGUGUUGUGAACUUGCUGUGAAACAUCACAGCAAAUAUAGCACUGCUCCAGUCUCAGCAGACAUCUGCUGUCAUAUAACUGUUAUCAGACGUCUGAUUUUGUAUGUUAUGUUAUAUAACUGUUAUCAGACGUCUGAUGUUAUAUGUUAUGUAAUAUAACUGUCAUCAGAAGUCUGAUAACAGUUAUAUGAUGUCAGACGUCUGCUAACAGUUACAAAAAUCAGACGUCUGAUAACAGUUAUAUGACAUGUACAUCAGCUGUCUGAUGUCACAUAACUGUUAUCAGACAUUAUGUAACAUAACAUAUAAAAUCAGACAUCAGACAUGUGUGAUAACAGUUAUAUGACAGCAGAUGUCUGCUGUCAUAUAUGUUAUAUAACUGUUACAUAACAGUUAUAUUUAACAAUUACUUUCCACGAGGGCGUGUUGGAUAUGAGAUGAUAGAUAGCCAACGAGGCGCGUAGCGCCGAGUCGGGUAUAAUCAUCUCAUAUCCAACAAGCGCGAGUGGAAUAAUUGUUUUAUUAAAAACGCCCACAAAAUCUCGUUGAAUCUCCCCGACUAGAACAAACAGGAAAAGAAACGGGACUUCCGCUAUUCACAUGUCACACAUCUAUCAAAACUGUCAACGCGCGAACUAGCUUCCCAUCCAGGCGUUUUUAGGGGAGCCCGUGUUUCAUUAGCCUGAAAUUCAUCCGAUUGCUUUGAGUGGUUUUCUCCUCUCAACAACGACUGAAUCGACCGGCCGUUAAUGCCAUCCAGUGACGUCACUCACUACCCGAAAACCUGGUAGUGAUUUGAUUGGUUGAUUGUCUAAACAUUCGCAUAAUUAUGUAUAAUUAUGAAAAUUUUUACCGGGAUUGUCGCUUGAUAUUCAGCGGAUCGCAUCCGUGGCAUUCUUUCUUUUAGGUCAAACAUUUCGAUAAGCUUAAUCUUUAUCUUAAACAGCAAAAUUGCCCUUGUCUUCGAAACUGAAAUGCUAAAUUGAACUGCGAAUGAAGAAUCAAUGCGGAGAGUCGGUAGGUUUUUCAUUUAGAGCCGCUUUGUGGUUUCGGGUUAGCCUCGAUUGCUCUAAUGAAUGGCUGCAUAGCCUGUAUUUGUAGCUGGUUACUUGUGAUGUAUAUUCUUGACGUCGGAUAAACAAGCCGCAGUUAUCUAUUGGCGAGUGACUCGAUCGGCGAAUGGCUUCACGAUCAUGAAGAAACAACACUUGUCUUCUUUCGUAGCUGGUCAAGGUACUUUAGUUCCAUGUGUUUUCGUGUGCUUUUCGACAAACUUUCAGACAAGCUCUUGUGGCUUUUUGUUUGUUUUUGUCUUUUUUCUUUUGAUGAAAUUGCAUUUCUAGUAUUCUAAGAAAUGAAUUAAAACAAUUUGCUUCAGGCGCCGUUCUAUCCUUCGCAAAAAAAUCUCAGCUAGCUUCCAAUUUUGAACUGACGCGUACAAUAUGGAGAGCAUGGUAUAAUAGCUCAUAUACCAUAACGGCUAAGCCAAUCAAAAUGCUGGAAUUGCAUUAUCCAAUGAUUCGGUUUUUAAUAAAACUGUUAUAUAACAUAUAUAACAGUUAUAUAACAAUAUAACUGUAUAACUGUAUAACAAUAUAACUGUUAUAUAUACAGUUAUAUAACAAUAUAACUGUUAUAUAUAAUAACAGUUAUAUAACAUAGUUAUUUAACAGUUUGUAACAUAGUUAUAUAACUGCUAUAUAACUAUGUUAUAUAACUGUUAUAUAACUGUUAUGAGACUGUUAUAUAACAGUUAUAUAACAUAACAUAUAUAACAUGUUUUAUAUCAGUUAAAUAAAUAUGUUAUAUAAAUGUUAUGUUAUAUAACAGUUAUAUGAGUAUGUUAUAUAACUGUCACAUAACUGUCAUAACCGUUAUAUAACAGUUAUAUAUAAAUGUUAUAUGACAGUUAUAUAACAUAGUUAUAUAACAGUUCUACAACUGUCAUGAGACUGUUAUAUAACAGUUUCAUGACAGUUAUAUAACUGUCAUAUAACAGUUAUAACUAUGUUAUAUAACUGUUAUAUAAGUUUCAUAACAGUUAUAUAACAUAUAUAACUGUUAUAUAACAGUAACAUAACAUAUAUAACAGUUAUAAAUAUGUUAUAUAAAUGCUAUGUUUUAUAACUGUCAUAUAACUGUUAUAUAAGGUAUAUAAUAUAACUGUUAUAUAACUAUGUUAUAAAACAGUUAUAUAACUGUUAUAUAACAUGUUAUAUAACAGUUUUAUAAAAGUUAUAAAACAUCUAUAACUGUAAUAUAACAGUAAUAUAACAUAUAACAUGUUAUAUGACAGUUAUAUAAAUAUGUUAUAUAACUGUUAUGUUAUAUAAGAGUUAUAUAACUGUUAUAUAACAUAUGUAACUGUUAUAUAUGUUAUAAAACAGUUAGAUAACUGUUAUGUAACAGUUAUAUAACAUAUAUGACAGCAGACAUCUGCUGUCAUAUAACUGUUAUUAGACGUCUGACAUCAUAUAAGUGUUAUCAGACUUCUGCUGUCAUAUAACUGUUAUCAGACGUCUGAUUUUAUAUGUUAUGUUAUAUAACUGUUAUCAGACGUCUGAUGUUAGAUAUCCUUUUCUCCCCAACUCGGCACUUUUUAUAUUUUUGAUAAUUGUAAAGAUGACAAUAGAGUGUGAGAGAGAUCAAUAUGUUAUUGAAAACAAGAGAAAACCAAAGGUUACGGAGUGAGGGCGACAACGAUGGAAGAUGAAAACGCUGUUACUCCAACGCUGUGCUUCGCACAAGUUUCACCUGAUAAAUGUUCUAAACACGCGUGAUCAGAUUCUAAGUGACCAGAGAAGAUCCAGAUGCGAGUGAUCAAAUUGCUUUCUGUGAAUUUCAUUGAUCCUUAUAAGUGAAAGUCCAAACGAAUGUCGGCUACAUACCUGCGAUGCAUGCAUAAUAAUAACCUGAAGAUGAAAACUGCGGGCUACUCUUGUCGCAUGCAAUAAAAGUGGUUAAUAACUCCCCGUUGCAUGUCGUUGAAGGUCUCUGUAAGUGUCUCAUGUUUUAUUUUUGCGGUAGUUUGGCUGAGCAAUUAAAUUCCCAAAAAGUGCAAUUCACUUCAAUCAAAGUGUAAAAAUGAAACAUCUUAUCUUUCCAAGGGUGAAAAACGGCAUACUGUCUCUCACAAACGAGAGAGCAAAAAGACCAGCCAUUCCUGUCCGCCAUGCAGAAUUUCCUUGCGUAGCCUGACCUUUUGUUUCUUCCGUGUGCAGUCUUGUUUGUUCGAUCAGGAGGUGUCUCAAAAAUAUUAAUGAAGUGUUUUGAUGUGUCAGGGGGUGCAUGUAUAAUAUUGUAAUGCUUUAACUCAAAUUAAUUCCGCCCUUCGUAACUCAACUUGCUUCUACGUGGCUUUCCCUUGUGACAAGAAUCACUUACACACUCUUUUAAAAUAAUUUUAGAAAAUCUCCCAGAAAAGUAAGUAACAGGUAUUUUAUAGGGUUACCUUGCACUACUUUGAAGAAAAUGGGAAUGCAAAAGUUUUUUAGGCCGCUUUCUUCCCGUUUUCGAGUCUUUUCCGGACCAAAACAAAAAGGCCAUGACCCCUCCCCCCCAAGGGCACAAUGUGCCUCCUCCCGUGCAUAUUUGAGUGGGGUCCAUAGCUAAAAAUAAUUAGUGCAACUAGUACUAUCUCUGUGCCGAGUUUGAUGCUUUUACCCCAAAGUGCACAAUUCAGCUAUUUUUUUACACCAUAUGGCUGGACUAUAAAGCGAAUAUGUCCGACGUCUUGUUUUAUAACAGUUAAAUUACGCAACAAGACAGCAGAAAGAAGAGAACGGGAACAUGUUUGUGUGUGACAAACGUGACAGGCCUAUUACUUUUGUGUUUUGUUGUGAUCUUCACUUAAGUUAAUAUUUCUGGUACUUUACAAAAAGACCUGUUUAUAGGAAGGGUGAAGUUCGGCGAAAAAAUUUUUCAAACAAGAUUAUUGUCUCACUUGUCACACAAGGUUUGCAAUCUUCUUUCUUCUCCCGUCCUGUUGCGUAAGUUCACUAAUUAUAUUGUGUGUACCUAUGCAUGUUAAAAUCUCCACCAAUGUUGCAUGUCGAUUCAGAGAGUCAUUUGAUCGUUUCUUUAGUGGUUCAUUGAGUAACUUCGGUCCUUCGUUGAGGUUCUGUGGGUUCCUUCUUCUUGUGGUACGGAUACUCAUCAAUACUGUUCACGGUUGUUCAAAUAGCAUUCUUGCACUCAACAUUACGUACUUAAAGUAAGGUCCUUUACAGAUACGAGGAAAAACUCAAAGAGCGUUUAGCAAGACGCAGGGAUCGAUUAGCCCAGGGUCUCCCCCCAGACGACGAGGACGAGGAGGACUUAGAGGACGGCGAGGGACAAGGGGAACAAGUCACAGAUGUUAAAGCCAUACUGGAUGAUUUAGACAAGAGGUGAGUAAUUGAGGCAGUUUUUGGAGUCUAUUCCGAAUAUAGUCAGCUUCACAGUCGUUGUUUGUUCGGUUGCGUGGCGACACAAAGAACGGUUGUAAUGCAGACUGUCCCGAAAGGGACAUUCUAAGUUUCUUCGGGUAAGGGGGGUUACGGAAAUGUAGAGCUUCCGUGUUGAAACGUCACUCCCACACAGGAUAGUGUUGUGUUACGAAAUACCCAUUAAUAUAUUUCCACUAGAAAGCUUGCAAAAUGGCUGAAGGGAUUGCCUCCUGUUAAUGAGGAUUUAAGCAACCUAUAAAAGGUGAAGAACUCUGAAAAAAGUUUAUUACAAAAUGCGAUAACCUUUUUAUUACAAAGUGCAAAUAUAGUUUAAUUGCAAAGUGCGGCGACUGCUACAAAUUGCGAAAUGAAUUACAAAGUGCGAUAAGUGAUGGUUAUUACCACAAAUUAUGACAGAUGGUGCGAUAGAUUUAUUACAAAUUGCGUCGGGUUCUUAAACUGCGAUUGAUUUAUUACAAAUUAUAUCUAUCCGGUAUUACAAAGCGCGAUGAUUAUUACAAAUUGCGACAUAGCCUGAUCAAGGCUUAAAGAUAUUGGAGACACCCAUUCACCGAAUCAAAAAAAAAAGCGCGGAAAGCCCUCGCUCGCUUUUUAGCCGUUCGCGUGCUUUUUCGCUCGUCUACCCUGACCUAGAGCCUGGUACAGGCUAAUUGCGACAGUACAGAGCUUCCUUAGGCGAAUUUGUUUUUUACAAGUGAAUUAAACUGUUAAGGAUUCUUUUCCAUUAUUGCAUGGAGGUAAAGUAAUGUAAAUUACUUACUGAAUACUUAACAGCGUAUGCUGAAGUGUUCUCAUUGGUCCUAGGUAUGAGGACGAAAAAGACGCCCUGAUGCGCAGAUUACAAGGCCAAGAUGAGCAAUUCAUGAGCGAGAGGCAGAGGCAGGCGGAGCUCGCUCGAUUGAAAAGAGAAAAACUCAAAGCAAAGCAGGAAGACAAAUUUACCACGGCUGCGUUAGUACUGGGACUAGCUGAGAAGCAGAAAGCUGCUGUUCAAGAAAGGUAGGUUCGUGCAGUUAUCAGGAUGUAUCUCCGCAAAAGGGCCAAAAUAAAGAGAAAAGAGGAUUUUUAACAACUGCUUUAGCUAAAAGAUUUGCAAUGCCAAACCUUACGCUCAACUUUUUUUUUAACAAGCCUAUGGCGUCUCUGUCUCUUCCCGCCCCCUUCCCUUUCUUAUCUCAGCUGUAAAAAUUUUAAGGUCAUCUUCAAAACGUUGGGUGUGGGAUAACAAAGAAAAUGAAAUGUGCUUUUACAGUCCUUUAAACCUUGCACUCACGUGGCUUUUCUUAAGCGAAACAUUAUGGGUUUCAACCGAGCGAUACUAGGGGUGGAAAAAGUCUGAAAAAAAAAAACUGCUAGAAAGCCGGCCAAUGUUACUAAUACAUGACUAAGAUUUUGCUGGUGUUGGAUUACCUUGAAAAUUAUAAGGAUUAAAAAGGUAAAAGUAGUUUGACCGCAAGUUCAUUUUUUCAAUAAUGCUAAUUGCACAUUCGCCGUUAUUAAAACUGCCAUAAAUUAACCUCACUGUUAGGAAAACCUGAACACUAGUAGAGUCAUUACACUGUUAUACUUUCUCUAUCCCUGAAAUUUUGUAACUUGCAUCUCACAAGUUUUGGCGUAAGAAAGGUCACUUGUUCGCCACCUGGAAAGAGCAUAUUUAUAUAUAGGAGGCCAUGCAAUUGAUUUCAAAAUUGUAGCAAUAUUACUUCUCUUUUAUAUUUCUGUUUAUCAGCCCUCUUGGUCUUAAUUACAUCUGAAGAAGUAAAAAACAACUUUGAGGCAUUGAGGGUCAGUUACCAAAAAGACAAAAAAGUAUUACUAGUUUUGUCACCAUUUUGGAAUAAGUUGUGUGGCCUUGAGUGUGCAAAGUCACACUAAGCUUAUGUUACGGCGUUUUUGCUUUUGCCCACUUGUUUUACAACAUUCUUGAACACUUAAACGGAAGUUUCCUUUUGCUCAAAGACUUCGCCAAGAUCGGUUGAGGCAAGAACAAUUGGCACGGGAACGCCUGGCUCAGUUGCGCAGUCGCAGAAAAGCGAAGGAGGAAGAGACCGAGGAUAAACUGGUAACUGACGGAGACGUGGGUGUGCUGCAGGAAGCAGUAAUGAAAGCACUAGAACAUAAACAUCAAGAUGAACGACAGGUAGGCGCAAGUUAAAAUUUUUUAACCCAAUGUAUGCCCAGAAAAUUGCUUGGUAGCAAAGAUUUUUGAAUUCAUAUUGAUGAACAACUUAGUGAGAUAUCUUCGGAUAAAUCUCGAAAAUCUUCGGGAUGUGAUUGGAAACCUUGGUAUAACUACCGAAAUUCACGAUACAAUCAACCAAUCUCUAAAGCAUUUACUGUAUGAGUGGUUGAUGAUUUAAAUGCGUUCUGAUUGGUUAGGUCAUAGGUAGAAACCAUUCCCCAUUUACUUUGGCGUAGCAGAUACUUCGCGCGAGGAUGCUUUCGGCGAGAUUUUUCGUAAUUUUAAAAGAAAAUAAGGCAAGUAUUAAGGCCAGGGGCUGUUUGCUUGUGUUGAGUAUCCUUAAACACGAGAUAGAUGUUUACUUAGUCUGUGAUACAGGCGGUUCUGAAGAAACUCAUGUAUUGACUUUGUUAAAAAUUCAGCACCACAGUUCUAUUAUCCUAAAACACAUUAUUCUGGGCAGUAGGUCGUUGAAUAAUUUAUACAGCAAACCCCGCUUUACCGAGGUUUGACCAUAGUUGACGUACCAUCCUCCGGGAGGGAUUGACUUGCUAAAAGGGGCAACGAUACUGACCUAGAGGUGAUUUUUCCAGGCUUUACUCGACGUUCUGCAACAAGACCAACCCGAGCUCACUGAAGCUGCCUCUACUUUGACCCAACAACAGCGAGAGAGCCGACUUCAGCAGAUAAGCAGCAAAAUAAACUCCCUUGAUCCAGGUAUUGCAUGAUAUACUAGUCAUAUGCUAUGUCCACUGUAUUUGCCCCUUAUGCCUUGCGUUGGGUCUGAGGGCGGUUGUAUUAAAAUGACCACGACCACAGCUUAACCAGGUGCUUGUAGCAUGAACCAAUUAAUUUUUGCUGGACUUCGUAGGAGAUAAAGAAGCUCGUCGUAAUCUGUUAGUGGAGGCUGCAGUUUUCAAGAUUGUAAACCGGCAGAAAUACCUCGAGACUUCUCAAGAUGAAGUCGUAGAGAAAGAUGAUGUUAUUGUUUCUCUGCUGGCGGAUCUGCAACAAGAACAGGAUCAAGAGAGCGAGAAAUUAGUCAACGACUUGCAGGAUAAGGUAAGUUUUAGCCAUUUACAUUUAGUGACACUAGCAAAAAAAACUCUCUCGCGUUUUACAGUGUUUCUACUUCUGCUUGUGCUGUCGGGAGACUCAACAGUUGUCCUUUCGCCAUUUACAUUUAGUGACACUAGCAAAAAAAAUCUCUCGUUUUACAGUGUGUCUACUUCUGCUUGUGAGACUCAACAGUUGACCUUUCGAGAGUUACAAUACUCCUCAAAUUUCGUUAAACACUAGACUGAAGCUGAGGAGUUUUCAUGUCACGCCUUCUAAACCAACUGAUUUAACUUUUCCACGAUUGUACUUCUCUCCUUCGCCAAUGUUGAGAUUGGCGUAUAUUUGCACAACGUUUACACGUAAAUCAACAUUGAGGAGGGCGUAACGUGACAAGUGUUUCAACAAAUGUGACAAGUAUUGUAGCCUCUUUCAAACGCGGUUGAGAAACUAAGGAAUUGUCGCUCGAGGGUGGAUCGGAAGUGGACAUAGAACAGAAUAUAACAGAGUAGAGUGGAAGGGACAGGGGCCUGGACACGAGAACACAAGGACACAAAGAAAGGGUCAAGAAUAGCGACAGGAACAUGGGUAGGGACAGAAAAAAGAACAGGGACAUAGGGACCGUGAUAGGAGCAGGAACACAGGGGAAGGGACAGGGACCGUGACAGGAGUAGGAACACAGGGGAAGGGACCUAGGGAACCAAAAGAGGCACUCAGGUACAUAAGGAAAGGGACAGGAACAGAAACACAAGGACACAGUGACAGUAACAGAGACAAGAUUAUAUAUUGAGGGUAGACUUGCGUUCCUCUCGUACAAAAGCAAGAGUGAAUUAGUUUGAUUGAUAUUUCUGUAAGGAAUAAGAGUAUCACAGCGACACCGAGCAAGCACAUAAGCAACAGACGUGCAUCCCUUGAAUAGAUCUGAGGGCCGGGUUGUUGAAAUCUAGAUUAAGAUAACCUAAGGUUAGCGCAAAAUCUGAAUCCAAAUAUGAAAGCUGUAAAGCAAUUUCAGUUUAAUUCUUUUUGUCUCUAUUUGUUGAUUGGAUACCCUAAAAAAGAAUCUAGAAAUUAUCCAAGAAAAUGCUUUUGAACAAAGAAACAUAAACCUUGAUUAAAAUUUAACCCCGGGUUAGCGCUAAUCAGCCUUCGAACAACUGGGCCCUGGCUUAGAGAUUCCUCAUACCACAUGUCUUUCUAAGAUUAACUGAACUAUUUGUUUUUAUUUUAUUCGCAUUGACACAGGAUAAAACAGAGCUUGUUCAACUCCAAGAAAACCUUUUUCAGUCACGAAAAGAAGGUUUACAUGAGAACGUAGCGACAGUUGUAACGCAAGCUGAGCUUUGGGGUACAGCUAAUGAACGUGACCUGUCACAAGCGUUGCAAUACAAAUACGAAGCUUUGAAGGAUAGGCUGUUGCGUGAUGCCUUGAUACAACAAGUUGGCGUGACGGAGUGGGCUGCCCUCAGUGAUAAUGAUCGUUUUAUCAAAUUGGCUCAGAUGAAGUUGAAAGUGCAAGAAUUGCAGGGAGAAGGUACCUGUAACGCCCUUGUGUUUUGGCACUUGUUAAAACUCGUUUAAACUUAAAGAAAUUCAAGAAAAGAGGUUAUCCUAGGGGAAACCAGCGGUUCGUGCAAGAAGAAUAAACGGUAUGGUUCAAGUAUUUUUUCUUAGAAUUCGGCGUUUGUGCACUAGUAAAAUCUGUAGUUAAACUUCCUCAUGCAAUAGGAUUUUUCUUGUCCUUGUGCGUUGAUGAUGAUUUCUAGAUUAGACUUGUAGCGACAUGCACUGGUUCCUAGGGCUCUCCGAUCAGCAGUUAUCCAGACAUUUGUUUUGUCACUUGCUUGUUUAUUUCGGUAUUCAUCGUUACCUAGAACCUCUGUUUGCUAAUGGCAGGUAAACAAGACGAGCUGCAGCAAAUCCUAGGCGAUUCGAUGGCCAUCAAUCUCAUAUCUCUGAUGGGUGAAAAUCGAGUCCAACAAAAGCAACGGCAGUUAGAGCGUGAAAGGAAGCGGGAGGAAUUAAAAGAACAGGGAUUGCCAGAUGAAGAGAUCGCUAAACUUGAGGCUGAAGAAGAUGUACAAGCCGAGAAAGCGGCACAAGAGGCUUCCACUGGAAACGCGCUUCAAGAUCUUGAGGUCUGUGAGUUUAUUGUGUGUUGCGCGUGUGUUUCAGUUCCUGGGGCAUCUUUGCUAUUUUCCGUCUGCCGUAUUCAGUGUAAUGCUUAACUUUUCCGCUGAAAGAGGUGCUGUGCAAUAGCAUUAACUUUCUCACAACAUUUGCACAUUUUUUCUUUCAGAAUCGCUUGGCCACUGAAAAGGAAGCGUUGAUAUCAGACAUCCGUGGUGCGGACGUCAAGUUUGAGAGUGAGCAACAACGCCAUGCGGAACUGGCGCGCAUGCGCCGAGAAGAGCGACAAGCCUUACAGGAGAGUGGUUUCCAGUCCUCUGCUCUGGUCCUGGGGAUGGUCCAAGCUAGGCAGAUACACUUGGACACCAUGUAAGGGCUUUUUCUUUAGUUGACAGUAUUAAACGCUUUCUACUUACCCGAGGAUGACGCGAAUGCGUAGUAGUGUUCCAUUUAUGUAACCGAUGUAACCAUUAUCAUUCAAAAUAAUUAGGUUUGACAGAAAGCAGAAAGUCCCUGUUUUGCGGACCUCUUGCUCCGGCCCCCUGCUAGAGUUCUAGAGCCCUGGAGCACAGCUCUGUGGAAGGGAGUGGCGUUUUCGCUGUGUAUCAGGUCUACCGAACAUCGACACAAUAGCCGACGUUCGAUAUAUUAUAAUUCUAACAUGACUCCGAGGCUUUCUUGUCAUUUUUCUAUAUUUGGUUUGGUUUUCUUUGUGCUCAAGUCUCCUGUGGGAAUUGCCAGAUAAUGGAGUCGUGAAAGAUUUGCAGUUUUGACCCUAAAACCUCGGAGUCAUGUUAAAAUUUUAAUAUAUCGAACGUGGGCUUUUCAAAAUAGGCCUGCAGCAGUAAGUGAGUCUUUCAGCCGAUGAGUUACUCUUAGUCAGUAUUCACUUUGCUUUGCGUGUCUGUUUGGUCUCAAGUCUGUCACGCAAUGAACUGUGUUGAAGGUAACUGUGACAUUAUUUUUCAGUUCAAAACAGGAUCAAGACCGCCAAAAGCAGCUGGCUCAACAGAGGUUGGUAACUUGGCAACAGAAAGACCAAUCGGAGUUGAGCAAAGUGAAGGAGCAGCUGAACACAUUAGAAACGCAGGGCAAUCCGGCACCAGUCUCCAGUGCAAGUAUUGGAGCACUACAGGUAUGUAUGAAGGUUACAGUAAAUGCAGUUAUGAUAUUUGAUUCUGAUCCAUGCACUAACCUCUUCAGAUUUUUAAACCUUUAAACAUCCAUAAGAACGGCAGCAGUAUAGACUUGGUUAGCCUCCCGCGCAGGCGUUUUUAGGGGAGCUCGUAUAUCUUCCCUCCCCACAAACGCCUGCUCAACAGAGGACAACAUUCCUUUCCCACGCUUAGCCAAUCACGUCGUACUUUCCAAAUUCUGGAAAGUUGAACUUGACCGCAGGGUAACCCGAUAAUCACGCCAUCUGCAUGAAACUUUAAGAAACCUUCAUGACCUCAAAUAAAUGUUAGUCCCAGAGCGGCAAAAGAAAGAUUUACUCAGUCAGGUUUUAGAAUUCUCUGUGCACUGCAUAACCUUAGCGAGCGAAAGAAAAGAAGGAAAAAGGUAACUCUAGGGUCGCGUUCGGGGUCACGUUUUCUAACUAUCACGAGCUUAUGAGUCAUGUUUAGCUUGUCAACACUUUAUUUAAAAACCGUUGAUUGGUCACUUACCACGCGAAUGCAACAAUGGGAAAGGAAUGUUGUCCUCUUUUGAGCAGGCGUUUGUGGGGAGGGAAGAAAUACGAGCUCCCCUAAAAACGCCUGCGUGGGAGGCUAAGACUUCGUGUGAACGCAAUUUAUUCGAUAAUCUUUUCGUUUUUUUCACAAAAAUUCACAAUCAAAACUCGCUUGUAAAAUUGCGUUCAGUCGUACUUUUGCAUUUGCGACUCAAUUUAACUCUUACGUAAAAGAAAACGAUUUUGUAACUUAACGUGUUAUAAUUUCGCAGGAAGCGGUGUUGAAAGAGAUGGAACUCAAGCACUUGUGCGAGAUGUUAUUUAUGGAACGUUUGAUCAGCGAAGAAAAGGAGAGUGAUCUAAGAAAAGCUACUCGAGAACUUACUAAAGAGCAACAGCAAGAGAGGCUGUUUGAGCUUAAGGUUUGUAUGAGCAACUUUAAUUUAAACAAAAAAUAUUGUUUGAAAAUUUUAAAGUUUUGUUUGAAAUCAUGGCCUAAAACAUCAUCGCCGUCCUUUCCUUAGUCUUUCUCAGCCUAAAAAAGAAUUCUUAAUUGAAUUUUUAAAAGAAUGCUUUUUUAUAGGAGUAGCAAAAUUACUUGUAACCAGUAGUUUUUAUUGUGGCCCACAAAUAAGAACAGAAAGAAACAUUUUAAAAUAAACUUCAGAAGGCUAGAAAACCCAACUGGCCUGAGGCAAACCAGUUGGCUAUUUUACAAAGGUGACCGAGGAGUUGAACUCGUGACGACCGAAAAGAAUUUCAGCUAGCUCUUAGGGCGCGGAUUGAACUCAAGGCCUCUGGAUUGCAAUUUCGGUGUCCUAAACGUGCGGCCGCGCAGAUUCUUUAAGAAGGUCUUUUUAAGUACAUUCAAAGUGUAAGACCAAGAACUAGCUUUAACCUCAAAAUUAACGGUAGUACUGGUCAGUAGCAAAAGCGAAUGCCCAUCUCACGUACAAAUGUAUCCCUUUGAAGGAACUAAGAAAACAAUGGAGAGAGUCUGGCCCCGAGGAAAUGUCGGAGACUGUUGACGAACAGGAGGUGAUACUGCGAGAAGGUGUUGGCUUGAAACUGGAAUUGACGCGUGAGGAACUAAGUCAAAAGGCCACUGAGGAAGGAAGGGAGCUGGGACCAAAUGACAACGCCGUGUCGUUAAUAGCCGCCCUGCAGUAUAGCCAGGAACAGGAGGCUGAAUAUCUACUGAGAGAUUUAGCUACGAAGGUACUUAUGGAAAAUGGGAGGGAAGGUCAUCGUGGAUUCUUGGUUCCCCUUUGUCCCCUGUGUCCCCUUGUGUCCCCUUGUGUUUCCUGUGUUCCUUGUGUCCCAUGUGUCCCUUGUGUCCCCUAUGUCUCCCGUGUCCCCUUGUGUCCCCUGUGUCCCUUGUGUCCCCUGUGUCUCCUGUGUCCCUUAUAUUCCCUGUGUCCCCUUGUGUCCCCUGAGUCCCUCGUGUCCCUUGUGUCCCUUGAGUCGCCUGUGUCCCCCUGUGUCCCCUGUGUCCCCCCUGUGUCCCUUGUGUCCCCCUGACCCUUGUGUCUCUUGUGUCCUCUGUGUCCCUUGUGCCCAUAAAUAGGGUCUAAGAGAGGUUUGAUAACGUUUGUUUGAAACCAGAGGGGUAUAAAAGCUAGUCUGUACUGUUUGUGCUAAGCUACUCGGUGUCAUAAUCUUUCAGAAUCCCAUGACACUCAAACAGCUGCAAAGCGUUCACACAAUGGCCUGCCAAGAACGUUGGUACGACAACUUAGCCGCGUGCGUCCUGGGUCUUAAGAGAAAGACCGCUGCCACCAGUUCUAAGGAGUCCGCAGAGCAAGAACUGGUGGAGGCUCUGGAACAGAAAUAUGACGCAUUGAAGGACAAACUACUGACAGAAGCGCUUAUGAAGCAGAUGGGGGCUGCGGAGUGGGCAGCUCUUUCUGAAAGAGAGCGACAAGCAAAGCUGCUCAAGCUGAAGUUACAGGAACGCAAGCUUAGACAGGAAGGAAAAAUAGACGAAGCGUCCAGGUUUGUAUUAUCUGUCACGUUAACUGGUUAAAGUUGUCACACAGUGCUCGUGUGUCGCGUGAUGCCUAGUGGCGAAUCAAGGGGAAGGGGCAGGGGAGCCUGCCCAAAACUGUUGCGUAAAAAUUGGAUACCGCGCAACGUAAAGCGAAUGGACGAUUUUGAACAUUAAAUUAUCCUGAGGCAACUCGCUGAAGGACUUUCAUUUUUCCAAGAACUCUCGGCGUGUUUUGAACACUUCAAAUAGUGCUAAAAAUCUGCCACUGCUCGUGUUAAACGUUUAAUCUUUGAUGCGAUAGAAUUCGUUCUUACGCCAAACAUAGCAGUUUGAUAUGAUAUUAGCUAACCAUUGAUAAUAGCUAAUCGUGAUUUCAGUACAGCAUAUGUUACAAAACUAGCUUACACAGCUAAAAAGCCUUUAAUUCUACGUAGUACUUAUUAGGAGAUUAUAUUUAAUAUGGUAAGGUAGCCUAUCUACCCAAGUCAAUCUACAAGUCUUUCGAUCGAAUUUUGAAUUUCUUGUUGUUGUUGCUUGUUUUUACCAUCAACUAACAGGCUUCUUGGUGAAGGAAUGAAACACGACUCAGCACUGAGAGCUCUGAUGGGCGAAUCCAAAGCGCAACAGAAGCAGCGCUUGCAAGAACGACUCGAGAAACUCCGCAAGCUGAAGAAAGAAGGCGGUGAAGUAAACGAACAGGAAAUGUCUGCCCUGGAGCAGGUGGAAGCCGAAGGCAUUGAGGCAGUGGAUGCAGAAGUCUUGAACCACCUGAUAGAGGAGACCGUCACGGACGCAGAGGAGGUCACUACUAACACACUGCUGAAUGAUUUACAGGUAAUGACUAACGUUCUGUCUCUAGUCCUUCGCCAUUCCCCCUUACUGCACAUCCUGCCCUCUUGUCACGACUGUCUGACGUAUCCUUGCUCUCUAUUUAAUUUCACGUUUGCAAAGAAGUCACUUGUAAUUGAGAAAAUCACAAUCUUCUUGUCACAAACAUAAUAUCAUAAACAAUAGACGACUGUUUAACUGUGACAAUAGACGGAUCGAAACGCACCAAUUACUGAUUACGAGUCUUCAUAGCCAAUAGCAUCACGGCUUAACUUACAGACGACCAAUAACAUCGUAACGUAAUUGACCAAUCAGAUCAAUAACCAGAGUAUAAUACCAUCAACUGGCGUGAUACAACUCACUUUGACUCUGAAGAUGACUACCGCACAGGUUGUCGAAACGUCAGUCACUGUCAACAAAAACAGUCCUAUUCAGGACUACGUUAACCCGGACGAUCAAACUCAACCUACUUUUGAAAUGACUCCUGGGUUCAAACCUUUCACAGAAAUGAACUGUUAGGCUAACAAGUUUUCAAAAACCACAAUUGCAAUCCGUUUGAAUCUUCUUCACCUUUGUCCAUCCGUGCUGCUUUUGUAUUUCCUGUGUUAUUUUUACCAUUUUGUUAAAGUUUUGAGCAGUUAUUUCUAUGCUUCACUCAAUUUGAUGGCAUUUCCCACUGUUUGAAUUUUCACUCAUUUUCGUGAUACAUCUCCUUAAAGUAUAAGUAUGACUGACAUAUACUGAACAAUGGAGUAAAGUUUUUUUUGUUCGCUUUUAGUCUCAGUUUGAAGAGGAAAAGGAAGCUCUCUUACGAGCUCUUCGUGAACAAGAUGCGAAAUUUAACAGCGAAAAGAAACGGCAGUUAGAACUGGCGAAAAUGAGACGAGAACAGCGCCGGCUCAAGCAAGAAGACAACUUUGAUACUGCAGCCAUUUUACUUGGAAUGGCCAAACAAGAACAGGCAGCGAAGAAGGCUAAGUAUGUUAUGCUCGCCUGUUGACAUUGAUUAAUACAUUGACACGUAAAUAAAGUGCAAUUUUUUGCAUUGAAACUGUUUUUCCUUUGCCUCUGUAGCUACGAAAAAGACCGCGCUCGCCAGGAACAGUUGGCGCGUGAUCGUAUUGCAGCUAUGAAGGCUCGCCGAGCGGCCAAAAAGGAAAAAACGGAAGAAGAAGCGCAAAGGGAACUGGAAGAUAAACUGCUCAAGGAACAGGCAGAGGACAGCGAGGCUGACAAGAGGAACGCGCUUGACAUGGAGCAAGGAGGCCUGGCACUACUGCAGGAAGCUAUUUUGAGUGAGGUGGAGAGAAAACACGCCUCUGAACAGGAGGUUGGUUUUUUCAACGUUUUGUCUUGAAUACUGUUUAAGAAAAAAGACCAUGUAGGCGUCGAUACUUCCCUUCCGACUCGACUCACUCCUUUGAAAGAAAACGAGGACUUAGUUUAGAUCCGUUUAAGCCUUAAAGCCUUAAGAGUGAUGAGCAUCAAGUGUCUCUUUGCGAUAUCAAUAUUUUAUAAAACAGCUUGGUGACGAGAAUUUAGGACAUGAUCACACAAAAUGAGUCUCAUCAGUACUUCAGCAAGUUUUCCCACGACUUUAAUAGGGAACUACUAGAGGUGAUCAUUGAUUACGGGUCCGCGUUUGUCACUUACAGAAACAAAAUCGAGUGGAAAGGAGUCCAUUUUCCCGGCCGAGAUGCCCCUGAUAAAAUUAGUAGGGGCAGCUAAUUUACAGGCGCACGUGAUAAUCCAAAUAUGUCUGCCUUUGUACAACAGGAACACCAGAUUAGGAUGCGUUCUGAAGAACGCGAUAGUGAAAACAAAUAAGUUUUAACUCUGAUUCCAAGGUUUUUACGGUAAACGCUAGUCCCAACGGUCUCUCUGAGAGAGCCGUGGACUGUAGGUUUGAGAUAGUACUCAAGCACACACCUUUCAAUGAAUGUUACAAAAUAUCUUCAUCUGUCUCUACAGUCACUGACGGAUCUGCUGGCAAAAGCGGAAGCCGAUCAGCAGUCUCUGUCUGCAGCGAGGUACCUAAGCGAACAAGAACGGAAGACGCGACUGGAGGAGAUCGCUGAGGACCGGAAAGCUUGGAGAAUGGAUGCCGUCAGGGAUGCCAUGCAGGUGGUACCUGAUGAUCUUCAAACUGAGGUAUGUUACAGCUUCAGAGUAGGCAGUGUGGCCGAGCGGUAAGAGCUCUGAGGUUGCAAUUCGGAGGUUCUGAGUCCCGUUUUGACUGCUAGCUGGAUCCGUUCUUGAUAGUCCCGAGUUCAAUUCGUCGACCACGCUUGUAAAUAACCAACUCGACCUUGAUUAUUCCGCAUAUCACCAAAACCUCAUCCAAUAAUUGCUUAAUAUCUGUUGACAGGAGGAAAAGAAGAGGAACGCCAGUCGUAUUGCAGAGAGUAGAUCUCAACACAUGAAGUUCCUCAUGGAUGCAGUAGUUCUUCAGAUAGAAAACAAGCGGGUCGAGCUGUUAACCCAAGGCGUCGAUGAGGAUAAAUUAGGGGAAGAAAUAUCUGUUGCUCUAAUGGCUGAUUUGCAGGAAAAACAAAUGACCGAGACCAAUGCUAUGAAUAAUGUCCUGGGAGAUAAGGUCAGUCAAAGUGUAGAUUUUUCUAGCUUCUAUUUUCCCAAUGCAAACGUUUAAAACUCUUUACCCUCCGGAAGUCGGUAGACCAUUCCGCCCAACUACAUGUAACCUAUUGGGAGAUUUCUGGAGAUAUACAUUACUUACUAUUUUCUUGACUGACUACUUGUUGUCGGUGCAAGGAUUAGCACAGCUAGUUAGUGCGCGGUCUUCUGUGCGGAAGGCCCCGAGUUCAAUAGACCUUUUCACCGAUAGGGCGGCCAUAUUGAAUUACUUCGAUUUAAGGAGUGUUAUGGGAUGUCCAGGGGGCAUGAUUACGAUCCGUUGUACUCGCUUAGUACUAGAAAUAUGGCUUUCACUUUAAAAUUCUCGGGAAAAAGGUGAUCGUUAUUACAUCCUAACAUGGCACGAUCUUUUUUCCCAUUACAAUCUUAUUCUAAGAAAACUUCUGGUAAAAAUGCCCCGAAAGGCGCUUGUAUAUAGUAAACAGAAUUUGCUUAUGCCCCCUGGGCAUCCCAUAAUACUCCUUAAAUCUAAAUUAUUCAGUUUGGCCGCCGUAUCGGUAAAAAGGUCUAUUCCAAGGUGUGACCUCAAAUCCUUGAUGGAGAGGGGGGAGGGGUUAAACGAGCGCACCGUCAGCUUGAGAUUUGUCAGUGUAUUGAGUACUGUUACGAUUUAUACUGCUAGGAUGAGAGUGAUGCUCAAGUGUUCCAUGACAUCCCUAAAACUAUUCCCUUCAAUGUGCCUUUGGAUUUAGCCUUUAUUAUUUGUGUUUACAGGACGAGACUGUCCUCUCUCGAGUGAAGACGGAUCAGCGCAUGGCACGCCGGGAAGGAUGGAUGGACAACCUCGCGGCCGCCUUGAUGGGAUCACGUCCCAUGAGGAAAAGAAGCACUACCAUGACGGUAUUUUUUUUUAAAUAUAUUUUUUUAUUGCAAGUAAAACACAAAGAAGAAAAGAAAUUACACGGAACAAACUGGAAGAGAAAAAAAUUACACGGAAUAAAUAAAUGAAUAAAAAGAAAAAAUAGCGGAUUUACACACUUAAAUGGCAGUACUUACGAAUAUAAACUAGAUUACAGCAGUGCUAAUUCCAUAUAUGUUUUUACUAUAAUUUACAAUUAAAUUUUACUUUUUUAUUUUCUAUGACGGUAAAUUGGCAAAUUCCUCAACUAUCCAUUUAAUACAAUACUGUGAAGCUAAAUGUGUCAUUUGACGUAAGCACUUCGUAGCUUCUCCUGAAAGUCACGUGAAGAUUUUAAAAGCUCAAAAUUUACCUAAUUCCAUCGUAAUUAUCCGCAAAGUGUCUUAAAGCACUAUCUUCCUCAAACGCAGUCUAAGGGUACGUUCCAUUGGGAUGAUCCGAAUAAGGAUCAGAGAUCACUCGGAUCAUAGCUUGUCAAAGGAACCGACGAAUCCAUCCUGGGAAUGGAUUCAUCGGUUCAUUUGAUAAUGAUAACUGAUCCUGAACCGGAUCAUUGCAAAGGAACUCACUCAAAAGCACCAUGAUUAGUAAGAUAAAUAAUGCCACAUGAAUGACAGCACUGGUCAAAACCUCGUAUUUGAAAGGUCACAUUUAAGAAUUUCAGUUACAAACGCAUAUGAUUUGGCUACUGUGCACAACCAAAAAUAAAUUUACCACAGGAAAUUACUGAGUAGUAGGUUCAUUUCACAAGGUCCACUUAAAAAUUUGAUCCACACACUCAAAUUGGGGCCACAUUAUACGCCAUGAUAAAAAAAGCAGCAUAGGUAUUACAGUGGUACACCCCAUUCGUAUACACAGGUUCCAUUUCUUGACAUUUUUUCUUCUCCCUGGUUAGCGAUCACCGAUGUCCAACUUAACUGAAGGUGACGAAGAGGAAGCUCGACUGGAAGAAGAGCAGGAAGCCAAAUUAGCAGAGUUGGAGGCUGAGAUGGAAAAGGAGAAGGAAAGCCGUAAGCUCGCAGGAGCGUCAGAAGAGGAAAUCCAAAAAGCUCUGGAGUUGUUACAAAGGCAGCAUGAUGCUAAGAGAAAGGUAAAAUUCGCAAAUAAAGGACUUAAAGGUCACAUAACAACACCGCAAGGACUGGAUGAUACUUCAAUGCUUAUUGAUGUUAUGCCUCUCAGCGUUGAAGUGAGAUUGGAGAUGUUUUCUUCUGCUGACCUUUUUGUCCUCAUUUUUGAGCCGCCGUCGUCAAUGUUGACCUUUUGUCCCCAAUGUUGACCCCUCGUCUCUUAUGUUGGCUCCUUGCCUCUAAUGUCGACAGCCUGUCAUCCUUUUUGGCCCCUUGUCUCCAAUGUUGACUCUUUGUUCCCAAUGUUUAACUCUUGUCUCCAAUGUUGACCCUUUGUCUUUAAUUUUGACUCCUUGUCUCGAGUGUUCACCCCUGUCUUCCUUAUUGACUCUUGUUUCCAAUAUCAACCCCUCACCUUUCAUGUCGACUCGUUGGCUCCAAUGUUGACCCAUUGUUUUUCACUUUGUCUCCUUGUCUCUAAUGUUGACUCGAUAUCUUCUAUUUUGACUUCUUGUAUUCAGUGUUGACCCUUUGUCUUCCGUGUUGACUCCUUGCCUCCAAUACUGACCCUUUUCCUUUCAUGUUGACUCCCUUUUCUAAUGUUGACCCAUAGUUUUCCAUUUUGACUCCUUGUCUCUAUUUUUGACCCGGUUUUUUCCAUGUUGGCUCCUUGUCUCCAAUAAUGACUCCUUGUUGUCUUUUUAGGCGAUGGCAGACGCUGUGGAGAGGCAGCGACAACUGACGCGUCAAAGACUAGAGGCGAGACGAAGAAAGCGAGAAGAGCAACAGUACGAGGAGGACAUGGCCGCCUCAAUUGUCACGAUGGCAGAGAAACAGUUUGCACUCAUAAGGGAAAAGACCAUGUUGAAACGGGCAGGCGCCAAGGAUACGGUAAAGCUAAAACUCAUACCUGCACAGCAGCGAUUUGCUGUCCAAUUAGAUGGGGUUGUAGAGGCGCUCAGUAAAACAAACACCUCUCUCAACUGGAGGGUUUACACCAGCUCUUCUGUUGUGUCGGAGGUACCACUGUUGUAUAGUGAAAGCCUACAACCCACGCGCCAGUGGUUGUUUUUCGUCGAAAGUCUCAGGUGACACGCAUAUUAGACCAACCUGAAAAUAAUUUUUCUCCUAGUUACAAUUUGGCUCCGGAGUUAAGAUAAAACUCCAGUUCAUCCAAACCUUUAAAGUCUAUAGACACGUAAGAGGUGUUUUCCUUACAAUCAUUAAAAAAAAAACAGGUGAAAUGUGGCGCAAAGUACAUACCUUCUAAUGGCCACCAUGACUGUCUGUCCGCCUUUCAGGUCGGUUUUUCCUUCCUAAAGCUGACUAUAGUUUUUCUUGCAUUAUUUUCCCGUAGCUGAACGAACGAUUAGCGCGCAGACGAGAGGAACGAGAAAGAAAGAAAGCCCAAGAAGAGGAAGAGAGAAGACGAAAGGAAGAAGAAGAAGAGGCUAAAAAGAAAGCCGAAGAUGAGGCGAAGAAAAAGGCGGACGAAACAAAACCCGCCCAGGACUGGGCUUUACCGGUAUGUCUAACUACGUCUACUGCGGUCGUCAUCAUCAUCAUCAUCAUCAUCAUCAUCGUCAUCAUUAUCAUCAUCGUCAUCAUCAUCAUCAUCAUCAUCAUCCACCACCACCACUUCAUCGUCAUCUUCAUUAUCAUCAUCAUCAUCGUCAUCAUUAUCCUGAUCUCGUCGUCGUGAUUAUAAUUAUCAUCAUUGUUAUUUUCCGUUUUUUCGUCCGUUUGUUGUCUAAUCAUGUAGAGUUUUCUUCUUCUUACUCUUGUUUCUUCGUGCAGGGUGGUUUUGCUAUGAAACGAGAGAAGACGGUAAUAGACGUAGACGUAUCUGAAGAAAAGCAGCGUGAGAUAGUUCAAUCUCUCUUCCGUGAACGUACCAAUGUAGGAAUGAAGUUUGAACGGGAAAGAACACGCCAAGAAGAGAUGGUGAGCUUCUGUUUUCUUUCGUUUUGUAGCAGUUGACAGACACCACGCGACCGUCAAAUUUGCAAAUUUGUUGGCCGACCCAGAGCUGCAAAUAAUUGCGGGCAAUGUCCGUUUAAAAUUUCCACAAUGUUCUACAAAACCUUAUUUGCCGUGGGACGUAAUAACCGGGCAGUUCAAAUACCAAAUAAUACCAACUUAAAGCUUGAAGCUAAUUUUGUUUUGUUUUGUUUUUUCAAUGUUGUUAUUUCUUUACCCACGAAGCAAUUAGGAGUUCGUAACUCGCACAAACUUGACCGUGCGUUCCAGAUCGAGUAGCAAUUAGGAAAAGUUGGUUUUUGAGGAGAGGGGGGAAGCGGAGUACCUGAAGUUAAAGCCCAAGGAGCAAGGAAGAGAACCAGCAACAAACGAAAAGAAAUUGAAAGUCAACCCGAUGUUACUCUGACAGCGUUGCUGGUUUAUCCGACUGAAACGAUGAUUUUGUCGGACACAUGUCCUUUUUAGAAAACAAGUAUUACUUUCAGCUUGUCGACCGCUGCAGUUUUAUGAAAAAGAAUCCGAAAGAAAUAAAAAGAAUUCACCCUUGAUUUCCUCCUCCCCCUGCUUAGAUACGAGCGCGUAAAGAGAAGAAGAAGACCAAAAUUGAACAAAAACAGGAAGUAGUUGCCUCUAUCCUGGGACUUGGAGAAAGACAGAAGACAUUUGUAGAACAGCAGAAAAAGGUUCGUUGCUUUAUACUCUGUGCCUUUUUUUCGCUCGUUUCUCUACGACCAUUUUAUCCUCUCAGUAAUCCUCUUGUAAUUUGGCGCUAGUGCUUCGUUCGUUUUGUGUGUGUGUUUUUUUGUUUUUUGUUUCUUUGUCCGUUUGCUUUUUUACUUUCAAAAUGGCUUUUCGUCAUUUGGGAGUUACUAGAGGAGAGCUAAGACCCCUGUGGUGGAUAUCAAGCCAAGACAUCGGUCCAGGCUCUCACGGUCGUUAGUAUGACGUGGUCGUCGACGCCAUAUAAGGUAUGACUGUAUUUUUCCCUUGCAGGAAGAACGCGAGCGUCAAAUCACGAUGGUUCGGGAACGUAUCGCACGAGUACGCUACGAACGCACGAUGACUAUGCGUGAACCAAAGGACGAAAAAGCGCAAGGUUUCGAAAGUCUGUUGACGGAAGAAGAAAAGGAGGGAUUGAGUGAAGAGGAGAAAAUGAAACGAAUAGCUGCAAAAAUGGAAGAGAGAUUCAAGAGUGAGACACGUCGCGUAUCAACUGUGGCGGUAAGUCACGUGGCUUUAUGCGAAAUCGUAUCGCUUUCCACGCACAAUGAGUUAAAAAUGGUGGUAACUCGACGUCGUUUGUUGUUGUCAGGCUAGGCUUAUGAUUACGUUAACGAUAACGAUUAUGGCUGACUCUGAUUACGAUUGUUAAAUCGUAGUGCUAUUUUGAAUGACUGCGCGAUAUUUUGUCAUUGCCGUAAGAUUUAAAAAGGAUCCGAAGAGCCUUGUGAUAACGAUUAUGACUCUGAUUAUGACUGUAACUAUGGGUAUACUUGGGAUUGUGAUUGUCGUUGUGAUAGUGAUGACGACAACUAAGAUGGACACGUUCGAGGCCAGCAUUAUUAGUCCGUCUUAGGACCUGUUUUCCUGGAAGUGGGGCAGCCCAGGUAGGUGAGGUAACCCGCGACGGGUCACCCUCACCUAUCAUGUAACGUGAUCAAAUUAGAAGGAGAGAUUAUAUGGACAGGCGGGGUCCCCCAUCUGUCAGUCAAGUCAAGUCAAUCUUUAUUUAAACACGGUAAAAUCCAUCAGGAAUUUAAAAAAUUAAAAAUAACCUAACUAUCCUAAACAAAAUUCAAAACCUGACUACAACUAAUCUAACUAAAACCUGUUUUUCAUGAAUGCCGUGUAUAACAUUAAAAGUGAACAUUAACUAAUCUUUUAAAUUGACUAAGAGAUUCGGCUUCUCUCACAUGACAGGGUAGGCUGUUCCAGAGAACUGCUCCGCUAUAAGUAAAGCUGUUUUUCAUGAAAUUAGUUCGCGGAAAUGGGACAAAUAGUUUGUUAACAGAGUCCCUCAGGGAGUAACGCGUUUCAUUUCGUUUAACAAACUUAGAUGAUAAAUAUUCAGGAACAAGGCCAUUUAAAGACUUGUAUACCAUUAUGGAUUUCUGUAUUUGAAAUUGAGUGCUCAAGUCUUUCCAAUCGAGUUGUCUAAUCAAACGGUUAGCAUCAGCAUCAUAGCUAGAGAAGGUUAAAACGCGAGCGGCACGGUUCUGAAGCUUCUGUAGCCUGUCAAAUAAUGUUUUACCACAAUUACCCCAGACAAGAUUGCAAUAAUCGAAAUGAGAUUGAAUUAGUGAGUUGUAUAUAUAGUGAAGGGUAGGUGGAGGGACAAAAGGUCUAAUUCUUUUUAUUGCUCCAAUUCCGGAAGCGACCUUUUUAGAUAAUUUAUCAAUGUGUGUUUGCCACCGUAGAUUUUCAUCAAUAAAUAUUCCAAGCGAUUUGACAGAGGAAACGUGUUCUAUCGGAACAUUAUUAAUCCAGAGCUCAAGUGGGUUCGACAAAGUACUCAAUUUUUGUCUGGAGCCAAUUAGCAUGAAUUCAGUUUUAGAAGUGUUCAAAGUAAGUUUAUUGGAAAUAAGCCAUUUGUUUAGGUUAUCUAAAUCGUGACUCAGAGUUAACUGUAUUGAAUUCACAUCAACGCCAGCAUAAGUAAUGUGGGUGUCAUCGGCAUACAUUCUAGGCUGGCACGAAGUAAGGCAGUUUGGCAAGUCAUUAAUAUAAAUAAGAAAUAAAAGGGGGCCAAGGAUUGUUCCUUGCGGUACCCCACAUUUAAGAGAGCAGAUUCUAGAAAGAGAACCGUUAACAAGACAUCGUUGUGUACGAUUAGUUAAAUACGACCUAAACCAAUCAAGAGCUGUACCUUGUAUUCCGUAAAGGUUCAUUUUAGCUAGAAGGAUAUCGUGGUCAACGGUGUCGAAAGCCUUUUUUAAAUCGAGGAAAACCACAGCAUUAACAUUGCCACGAUCAAUAUUAAAGGCCCAAUUAUCCGUAGCUUCCAGAAGGGCAGUUGCAGUUGAGUGUAACGAGCGAAAACCCGAUUGAUGAUUAGAAAUGAUAUCUUCAUUGGUCAAAAAGUUAUACAACUGAUCAUAAACAAUCCUUUCAAACACUUUAGCUAUAACGGAAAUGACUGAAAUAGGUCGAUAAUUAUUCAGAUCAGAUGGCUCACCUUCCUUGAACAACGGAGUAACUCUAGCACAUUUCCAAUCAUCAGGAAAUAUACCAGAGACUAAAGAUUUAUUAAAGAGAUCACAUAGUGAAACUGAAAUAAGAUCAGCACAUUCACGUACAAUUUUAGCAGAAAUAUUAUCAAGACCAGUUGCUUUAGAUCUACAUAAUUUGUUUAGAUGUGAGAAAACAAUGCUGCAGUUAGUCGAGGAGAAGCUGAAAUUGUUGUUAUUUACCUUUAUAUUAUUGAUAUAACUUGAAUUAUUUUCAGCAGUUAGAGGUAUUUCAUUAGCAAGUCUGGGCCCAGUUGUUGAAAAAUGGUCAUUAAAAGCAUCAGAAAGCUCACUAGAAUUAGAGAUAAUGGUAUCAUUCAAUUUCAGUUCUUUCACCGUUGUAUUAUUCACACGACGGGAUGUAAGCUCAUUAAAGGUUUGCCACGUUUUUCGAGGAUUACCCUUAGAUUGAAUAAAUGCAUUAGAAUAAUAAGAUGCUUUAGAAAUUUUGAUGUCAUUGUUUAUUAUAUUUCGCAACUUUUUGUACCUUUUCCAAUCGUGUGGAUCAUUCGAUGUAAUUGCUUUUCUUUUGGCAGCAUCACGAUCACGCAUGCCUUUCUUUAAUUCUGAAUUGAUCCAGGGUGCUUUAUUUGUUCUAGUACGUCUAGUUCGGAGUGGCGCAUGAAUAUUAACAAUAUCCAAAAACUUCGUUUUCCAAUCUCAAUGUAAACAGGCCCUUAGAGAAAUGUCCGUCUUAUACAUAGUCAACUCAAACGAUUAUUCGUUGGUCCCUGCCUUUUUAUUUCUUUAAGUUGACUAUGUAUAAGACGGACACGUAGUGCCGGUCCCGUCUUAGAGGGAGUAAACGAUAGGAAAAUAGAAAAUUAUGGACUAUCGAGGCAGUGUGCAAAGAAAGUAGUGUCUGAUGGCCAGGGGCAAGUGGAUUUUGCGAUCGGGGUAGUGAUUUCUAUUCUCAUCUUGCCCGACGGGCGAAUGAAGUUUUUUGGGAGAAUUCAAAUCGCAGAAGAACUGUAACCAGUGCUCAUGUUUUUUCGGGCUAGUUGAAAUGACUUUUGGGCCAGUACGUGACGGCUACAGCUUGUCCGAAUGGCAAGCUGUAAAACUGACUUUCUUUGCACCCUGAUUGUGGUCACGUUCGCAAGGGUACGGCAGCUGGCAGCUUAGUCUUUUGCCGAGAUAAAGAAAAUAGCGAGAGACUAAAUGGUCGCAGCAAAAGAUAUAAAUUUGCAUAAAAAAGAACUCUCGAUUACUUUCCGAAGAAAUAUCAGGAAUAUGCUAAUAGUUGGCUUGUCGUCACAGAUAGCAGUGAGAGCCGAAACGGUGAACGUCACGGCUCAUCGCGUAGGAUGGAAUACUUAAUUAUCUUACUCGGGUUAUAACAUCACAGAAACUAUCACAAAGAGUUGCUUUGAUGUUAUAAUGUGUCAUUAAUCUCUUUACCCGGUAAUUAGCAUAUCCCGAAGAUUUAACCGAGGGUCCUUUCUGAUGCAAAUUCUAUCUUUUUGCUAAAUGUGCACGUGUAUAUGAAACUUGAAAACAAUGCCAGUGAAUAAUGAGGGCGCUCACUUGUAAACACAAAAUCUGGGGGGAAAAUUGGUUAUAUUUGAGGUCCUAUUUAAAAGCCUUCGCUAUUUUCAAUGUUCUUAAAACUUGCAGGGAAUAUUGCUUGACGAUUGAUCUCGGGAUUGUCGAAUUUAUAAAAAAAUUUAUUGAGCGGUUUUUAGGAAAAAUGCGAAAUUUUUAGGGAUGGACCAAAUUACGUCCAAAAACUGUAUCAAAAGCAGCUAAAUGCAAGUUAAUAAAAUUCUUCUUACUCGCGAUCGCCCAGAGCAAUUCACCUCUUUUUUUGGAUGCAGUUUCCAAUGGAGUCAAACCACUAUGAGAUGAAGCCUCGUUGCCAAAGCUUAUCAUUUUCUUAAAAUAUUAGCGAAUUGUGUGGCUAGCAUGCUAUUUCACUGUUUUUAUCAUUCUUAAAACUACAUUUCAAAAUGUUUCGAAAACGCUCUCAUAGAAUUUGUUGAAAUUACGCCAUAAUGGAGGCAAUUAUAGCAGGUACAUACUCCCUUAAGCGAUUUCAUCAAAAAACUCCUGGAACAGAGAAACACAAAGAUAAAUGAAAAACGUAAUGGCGUCAUUACGUUGCCAUGGCGACUCCGAUUGCAAUAAAACCCAGAUCAUAAGAAAUUUUCAUAUUUUUAUAAUACAGUUGUGGUAACCUUUUUUCCAUAUCUUUACUCAUGCCGACGUAGUUAAUGCUCAAAGUUGGAAGGUAUCAACCCCAAAAAAUCCAGUCGAGCCACCUUAAGGCCUGUUUACAUGGAGGUGGGGGACCCCCAGGUGGGUGAGGUAACCAGCUUAGGUGGGGUAACCCGCCUGUCCAUGUAAUUUCUCAUAUUGUCACCCCACCUAUCAUGCAAACGUGAUCAAAUUAAAAUGAGAGAUUAUAUAGACAGGUGGGUUACCCCGCUUAAGCUGGUUACCUCACCUACCUGGGGUCCGCCACCUCCAUGUAAACAGGCCAUUGCUGACUAGAAUACGCAAAAAUAUAAGUCGAUGGAUGUGUGAACCCUCUGUUUAUAUUCUGAAACUGCUAAGGAACAGGUGAAUGUUUUGAAGGAAGUCUACAGGGAGGUAAGGAUGUUUUAAACCUAGAAAUGCUGUGAAUGACUAAAAAAUGGUUAUUGAAUUUGAGUUUCGUACGAUAUGUAGAAUUAUGCAAAUUUCUAAGGUUGUUAUCCACCUCGAUUCGUAAUGAUGAUCAGUAGUUGCUAUUAAUUUGCUUGAUAGUUAUAUCAACUGAGACAGGUCAAUAUUGUAAGAAUCGUAAAUGAGCAUAUGCGUUUUUGACCAAGCGUGAGGUCAAAAUGGCUGGCUAAUGGCCAAGUUCUUUUUUGAGUAGGUAGGUAGGUGGGGUAGGAACUUUAUUUAAUGAGGGUAACACAUGACAUCAUUGAUGUCAAUAGAAGCGCAAAAAAGAACCAUGCCCAUAUUCAUCCAUUUUGACCGGACAGGCUGAGUCAAUAAGGAAUUUGUUAGAUGUCCAAAAAGAGGAUUUUUUUCUUGUGGAACCAACGCGGGAAAUCCUGCAUCAUAUAGAAUGACCUUAUGAUAAUGAUCGUGAUUGUGAUUAUGUCUGACUAUUGAUGCUGUGUUUGAUUGUCAUUGCUAUUGAUUGUUACUACUAAUUUGCCUAAUUAUUUUAAUUGACACAGCUGGCUCCUCCUGGCCAAUCACUGAGCACCAGUUCAGCUGAGGCAUCGGACGAAGAUGCGGCCCAAGUGGAACGUUCCUCCCACGUGUUGGACGAGAAGAGUCGCGAGAAAAAGCUGAAAGAACGAAUGGCCUCGCGGAAAAGGGAGCGCCGAAAAUCCGUCUCACCGCGACCCGAGGAAGACGAUGGUGCCACCGGAGGGGGAGACUAGAGAGGGGGUUCAUUAUCGUCUCAUCUGCCCCGGCCCCUAUGAUGGCACUAACACUGCUCAGUUCAAUAGCUUAUUUAUUAAUUUUGUAGUACUAUUUAUCGCUUCACAGACGCAUGUACAUGCGGCUUGUAAAUAUAACAGCUUAUAGAGUACUAAAGUGAUGACGUCAUAAAAAUGAAAUUUCUGAAAUUACGAGAUUUGUCAAGAUAUUCUGAAAGAAC